AUGGCUCGCCCUGUGAGAGUCCCGAGUAUUCAUCCAGUUCACGAGGAGUUGAGAUCAGGUUGUGCCAUCGACGUGCAUGGAACGAAAAAUCAUGGAAAAAAUUGUUUUCUUCUUCAGAACUCUGGAAAGUUCACAGUUGAAUUGCUCGGCCGGUCAUCCACAAUUAUGUCGUUGGAAUUUGAUCAGAAAAGCAACGAAAUAGUAGCAAUAUCGCGUACUGGUAAAGAAAUAGAAAAAGUGAGUUCGUAUGAAUGCUAUCGUCUGGAUGUUCGUCGAUUUCACUUACACCUUUCUGUCAGUGAUUGUUACUUUGAUAUAGAGUUGAAUGGGAGUUACGUUGGCUGUUUUGUUCCAACGGGAGAUGUUCGAAAAGUUGAAGCUAUUGGAAUUAAAGGAGAUCUCAUAGUGAACAUAAUGACAAUAGAAGGAUUUCCAUAUCUGAAAAGUGAGCUUAACCUUUGGAAUGGCUGGAAUACUGUGUGCUUCGAAUGGACCGAAGACACGUUCAAACAUUUUGGAUACCCCACCGAAGCAGAAUCACAGACGAGUAUAAAUGGAGACUCAUCCUCUUCACUUUCACGGAGCGAAAGCCAAAGUGUGUCAACCGAUGAAUGCACCAUUACUCGGAUCCAUUGGAAACCAUGA